AUGACCCUCAGAUCCAGAGGCGACGGGCGUUUCGAGGUGGACCGGAAGAACGGCCAGGUCCGGACCACGGGUCUUCCCCUGCAGCGGGACCGGGAGUACCUGCUGACCGUGGUGGCCGCCGACAGGCUGGGCAGCCGCAGCGCCCCCGCCGUCCUAAAACACCCCGAAGGACAACCCUUCCUGGUCACACCAGCCGUGUCCUUCCAGAAGAAACCAAUCACCUACAGCCUCCUCAUCAAUCCCAGCAGCCUCUUCUCCAUCUCAGCCGAGACGGGUGAAAUCAGCCUGACUCGCCCCAUCGACUACGAGAGCGACCAGCACCGCUACUUGCUGUUGGUGCGAGCCAGCGAGGGAGUGGAGAGCAUGAGCAGCGCAGCCGAGGUACGAGUUGUUAUUGUGGAUGAAAACGACUGCAUUCCAGAAUUCCUCCAGUCGAUUUACAGCAAGGACGGCGUGCCGGAGACCGUCACGACAGCGACCUCCCUGCUGCAAGUGUCAGCUAACGACUGUGACUCAGAGGAGAAUGCAGAGUUGACUUAUUACACCCUGAGUCCGGACUUCACCAUCUCGCCUCAUGGGACCAUCUUCCCGGCGGGACCACUGGAUUAUGAGAGACCGAACCACCUCUACGAAUUUGUUGUUAUGGCCAUCGACAAAGGGGAGGUCCCUCGCACUGGCACCGCCACCGUCCGCAUCAGGAUGGCCAACGUCAAUGAUGAGGCUCCGGAGUUUUCCCAACAUAUAUAUCGAACGUUUGUCUCGGAGGACGCGGGGCCCAACACGCUGGUUGCCACGGUGCUGGCCAAGGACCCCGAUGGAGACGGGAUCACCUAUAAGAUCACAACGGGAAACGAUGAAGGGAACUUCGUCAUCGACAGCCAGAAAGGUCUGAUCCGGCUGCGCUCCAGCCCGCCUCCCCGCCUCCAGGGUGUUGAGUACGUCCUUAACGUCACGGCCACGGACGACAACGCCUCAGGCGGCCCGCAGGCCCUGUCGUCCACGGCCCAGGUCGUCGUCGGAGUGGACGACGUGAAUAACAACAAGCCCGUCUUCGAGAAGUGUCAGCAGUAUCGGGAGAGCACCUCGGUCCUGGAGAACCAGCCAGCGGGGACGUUCGUUCUGCAGGUCCACGCCGUGGACGCCGACGAGGGCUCCAACGGCAGGGUCACGUAUGGCUUCAUGCACAAGGACUCCACCGUGCCGGCGUUCAGCAUCCACCCAGAUACAGGGGUAAUUGUGACAGCCAGGAAAUUUGAUCGUGAACGCCAGCGGGAGUACGCAGUGACAGUGACAGCGACUGACCAGGCGGCUGACCCCCUGAUUGGCAUUUGUCAGCUCAACAUCCUCAUCUUGGACCAGAAUGACAACAGCCCAAAGUUUGAGAACCUCCGAUAUGAAUACUUCCUUCGUGAGGACACGAUGAUCGGAACAAGCUUCCUGCGAGUGGCGGCUCACGAUGACGACUUUGGCACCAACGCAGCCAUCACUUACUCCAUGUCGGAGGAACAGCCGGAGUACCUCAGGGUCAACCCUCUAACAGGCUGGGUGUAUGUAAACCAGCCCAUCUCGCAGAGAACUUACAUCACCAGGGAAAUCGUGGCCACGGACGGCGGAAACAGGAGCAGUUCGGUGGAGCUGGCGGUCACCAUCACCAACGUGAAGAACCAGCCUCCGCAGUGGGAGAAGGACAGCUACAGCGUGGUGAUACCGGAGAACACCGUGCGAGACACGCCCAUCGUGACCAUCAAGGCCACGUCUCCGCUGGGGGAUCCCAGGGUCACCUACAAUCUGGAGGACGGGAUGGUGCCGGAGACCAACAUGCCGGUUCGCUUCUACCUGACCCCCAACCGGGAGGACGGCUCGGCCUCCAUCCUGGUGGCCGAGCCGCUGGACUACGAGACCACCAGGAACUUCAUGCUGCGGGUUCGAGCUCAGAACGUCGCCGCUGUGCCGCUGGCUGCCUUCACCAUGGUGUACAUCAACGUCACAGAUGUCAAUGACAACGUGCCGUUCUUCACGUCCUCAAUCUACGAGGCUUCCAUCACCGAGGGGGCCGAAUCAGGGACUCUGGUUUUUCAGGUUUCAGCCAACGACAUGGACCUGGGUCUCAACGGGAAGAUCUCCUACUCCCUGCUGGAGGAUCGCAGUGGAGACCAUCAGUACUUCCGGAUCGAGCCAGAGUUGGGCUUCAUCUACUCUCAGACGGUGUUCGACCGUGAGACCAAAAGCUCCUACCUGUUGGAGGUUCAAUCUGUGGACGGCUGGGAGUCGGCACGGCCCGGGAAGCACGGGCAGCCCAACUCAGACACGGCCUACGUCCGUGUUUUCAUCAGCGACGUGAACGAUAACAAGCCCGUGUUCGCUCAGGCGUCCUACGAGGUCGACGUGGAUGAGGACGCCGACAUCGGCUUUGCGAUUCUAACAGUGAGCGCCAACGACGGGGAUGAAGGUGGAAAUGCAAAGCUUCGCUACCAGAUCACAUCGGGAAACACAGGAGGAGUGUUUGAUGUGGAACCAGAAGUCGGCACCAUCUUCAUCGCCCAGCCGCUGGACUAUGAACAGAACAAACGGUACAAGCUUCAUGUCCUGGCCUCAGAUGGGAAGUGGGAGGAUUACACCACCGUGACGGUGAACGUGGUGAACAAGAACGACGAGGCUCCGGUGUUCACUGUGAACGAGUACUACGGCAGUGUGACGGAGGAGCUGGACGGCUCUCCAGUGUUUGUCUUACAGGUAACGGCGUCCGAUCCGGAUAAGGAUGCUGACCAGGAGGCCCUGCGUUACUCCCUCCACGGCCAGGGAGCAGAGAGCGAAUUCAUAAUAGAUGAGGUCACGGGGAAGAUCUACGCCCAGCGGACCCUGGACCGGGAGGAGCGUGCCGUUUGGCGUUUCGUGGUCCUGGCUACAGAUGAGGGCGGCGAGGGUCUGACGGGCUUCACGGACGUCAUCAUCAACGUGUGGGACAUCAACGACAACGCGCCCGUCUUCACCUGCGCCCCCAGCUGCCACGGAGACGUGACGGAGAACUCUGCGGCGGGGACGUCGGUGAUGGAGAUGACGGCGACCGACCUGGACGACUCUGCCGUGGGCCAGAACGCCGUGCUCUCCUACCGGAUGGUCGGCAUUUUAGAUGGCACCAACGCCGAGGUGGGAGGAGUGCCCACCUUCACAGAGAUGUUCGCCAUCAACCCCACCACGGGGACCAUCACCGUGGGCAUGGGGGGCCUGGACAGGGAGCAGGUGGAGUCCUACCUCUUGCUAGUGGAGGCCAGGGACGGCGGCGGGAUGACGGGAACUGGAACCGUCACCGUUCAGAUUAAAGACGUGAACGAUCACGCGCCGAGAUUCACCGAUCACUCCUGCCAGGCGAGGAUCUCUGAGAACGCAGAGCCGAAUGCAGAGGUCCUGGAGCUGGCUGCAGAGGACAGAGACACUGGAGAAAACGCCCAGCUGACCUUCAGCGUGGUGGCUGGGGACCAGGAGCAGAAGUUCUUCAUGGUCAGCCACAAGCAGGAGCAGCGCGGAACCCUGCGGCUCAAGAAGCGGCUGGACUACGAGCGGCACAGCGAGCAGAGGUUCAAUCUGACGCUGAAGGUGGAGGACCUGGACUUCUCCAGCCUGCUGCACUGUGUGGUGGAGGUUGAGGACUAUAACGAUCACGCUCCAGUCUUCAUCCCACACUUCCUGUCGCUCGCCCCGCUCCCCGAGGACAUCAGCGUGGGAACCAGCGUGGCCCGUUUGGUAGCCAGCGACUCGGACUCGGGCCAGAACCGAGACAUCACCUACAGCCUGUCCGAGGACUCUGACUCUGAGGGCCUGUUCACCGUGGACCAGUCGGGAGUGCUCUCGGUGGCCCGGCCUCUGGAUCGGGAGAAGACGGCGCAGCAUCACCUGGUCAUCGUCGCCACGGAUCACGGCGUUCCGCCCCUGUCCGGCAGCGCCACGGUUCAGCUUCCACUGCUGGAUGUGAACGAUAACGGGCCGGAGUUCGAAGCCGUGUACGCACCGGUCGUGUUUGAGAAUGUGGCGGGACCACAGGUGGUGAGAAUGAACCAAACCUCCACCCUCCUCCGAGCCGUCGAUCUGGACUCUGCGGAGAACGGCCCGCCCUUUCACUUCACCGUGCCGUCCGAGUACCGCCACAGCAACGACUUCUACCUCCAAGACAACCUCAACGGCACGGCCACGCUCACGGCCCUGAGGACCUUCGACCGCGAGCGCCAGAAGGAGUUCCUCAUACCCAUCGUCAUGAGCGACAGCGGGCGUCCCGCCAAAACCGUGACCAGCACCCUGACCGUGACCAUCGGCGACCAAAACGACCACGCGCACGUGGCGGGCGAGAAGAAGAUUUUCAUCAACAGUCACAGAGGCCGCAUGCCGACCACAGUGCUCGGGAAGGUCUACUCUCCCGACCCCGAUGACUGGGACAAUAAGACGUAUGUCUUUGAAGGCCACGUGCCGAGCUACUUCAUCCUGAACAAGCGAACAGGUUUCCUGAUCAUCAAGGAGAACGCCCCGCCCGGGACGUACCAGUUUCAUGUCCGCGUGUCGGACGGGAUUUGGCCGGACGCCGUCUCCACCAUCACCAUACACGUGCGGGAGCUGCGAGACGACGCCAUCUACAACUCGGGAUCCCUGCGUCUGGCAGACAUCACUGCGAAGGAGUUCAUCGAGCUGCGGGGGAAGCACCGGAGCCGCUACGAGCUGCUCGUGGACUUCCUGUCCGAGAUGCUCUCUGUGCCGCCCGACGACGUCAACAUCUUCAGCCUGAUCGACGGGAAGGAGCGAAUGCUCGACGUGCGUUUCGCCGUGCACGGCGGGCCGUCCUUCCUCCAGCCGGAGAAAAUCCAUGGCUACCUGGCGGCGCACAAACAGAAGCUGCAGUCCUUCCUCCAGGUCAGCGUGUCCCAGGUGCGGGUGGACGAGUGUCCCGGCUCGGACUGCGCCAGCUCGGGAGGCUGCACCAGCGUCCUCAACGUGCGUGACACGCCCACCGUGGUGGAUUGCGGGACCAUGAGCCUGGUGUCGGUGACGGUGGAGUCCUCGGCCGUGUGCUCCUGCCCGGGCAGAGAGCAAACCCAUCAGCCCUGUGCCGCAUAUCCCAGAAACCCCUGCUUCAACGGCGGAGUGUGUGUGGACACGCAGCACGGAUACAGGUGCCAGUGCCCGGCUCAGUUCGAGGGGCCUGAAUGCCAGCAGAACAAGCACAGUUUCCAAGGCAACGGCUAUGCCUGGUUUCCUCCCAUGAUGCCCUGCUUCGAGAGCCACGUGUCGCUGGAGUUCAUCACAGACGUGGCCGACGGACUGCUGCUGUACAGCGGGCCGCUGGCCCAGCUGCAGGCCUGGGACCAUGAGGACUUCAUGGCUCUGGAGCUAAUAGAUGGGACCCCCACCUUGAAAAUCAACCACGGCUCGGGCACAGUGGUGCUUCAGUUGCCAGGCAACGUGAACGUAGCAGACAGACGUUGGCAUCGGCUGGACGUCCACAGCAACAGCAAGGAAGUGCGCUUCACCUUGGAUCGAUGUUCGGGCGCAGCGGUGAUGGAGAUGGAGGGUCUGGGCAGCUGGUUGACCACCGAGGACCACUCGUCAUGUGAAGUGACGGGUGUGACGCCCAACACUGACAGACAUCUGAACAUGAGUCAAGUGCUCCAGCUCGGCGGUGUCAACGAGGACAUUCCCUACAUCUAUCCCCAACUCCAGCACAAACACUUCACUGGCUGCAUCCGCAACCUCAUCGUGGACAGCAAGCUGUAUGAUUUGGGCUCCCCGGCUGACUCUCAGUCCAGCUCUCCAGGCUGCUUGACCACUGAUAGCAGCUGUGUCAACAUGGGCUAUCCAUCCUGUGGCCACCGGGGUCGCUGUCACGGAGAGUGGGGCUCCUUCAGCUGCCAGUGUGUGCCGGGAUACACGGGACACCAGUGUGAAGAAGAGGUCCCACAGUAUUCCUUCGAUGGCCACAGUCACGUGCAUUACCAGCUGGCGUCCCCGCUGCCGGCCCGGAGGACCUGGAUCCAGGUCCUGAUUCGAACCCGGAAGCACAGCAGCAUCAUCCUCAGCCUGAUCUCCAAGGAGCAGAGUGAAUACCUGCGACUGGAGAUCUUCCAGGGCCUCCUCUGCGCCUUCUACAACCUUGGAGACGGAGACUACAACCUCACCUUACCCACCUACCGCCUCGACAACGGCGAGUGGCACGAGGUCUUCCUGGACCGGCACGACAACGAGAUGACGCUGCGGCUGGACGGAGGCGGCGGGCAGCGCGAGGUUACGGGACUGCGGGGGCGGAGCAGGGAGAUCGUCAUCGACCCCACAGCGGUCAUGCUGGGAAACACCUUUCCUUCAGGGAUCAACAAGAGCUUUCAAGGCUGCGUGAGGGACCUACGCCUCAACGGUCGCUACAUGCCGCUGGACGGCCAGCCACGAGACGGGGUCUCCCAGGUCAGCGUGCAGGGACUGACUGCCGGCUGCUCUUCCGACUCCUGCAAGCGGAACCAAUGUAGCCCACCCUUCACCUGCGUCGACUUGUGGAGAGUGCACGAAUGCAGGUGUCCUCCCGGUCACAUGAUCCGUGUCAACGGGACUAAGAAGUCCUGCGUCUACACGCUGUGCGCCACGCGGCCCUGCCACCGCGGGACCUGCGUGGCCCAGUCGCCCACCAAGUUCACCUGCCACUGCCCGGAGGGCUUCAGGGGCCGCCACUGCGAGACCACGCUGGCGAUCUACAGGGAGGACGUGGGCCUGAGCUUCAGCUCGCUCUUCGCCAUCUGCAUCUGCUUCAUGGCCUUACUGGUGCUGCUGCUGGGGAUCUUCCUCUACACGCGGUGGCGGUCCUACAAGGGCCUGAAGGAGGGCGUCUACCACGUGUCGGCUCACCACGACGGCUGGGAGGACAUCCGCGAGAACGUCCUCAACUACGACGAGGAGGGAGGAGGGGAGGAGGACCAGAAUGCUUACGACAUGGCGGAGCUGCAGAAGUCCCUCCAGCCCAGCCCGGCCCAGUCGGUCCAGUACUGCCGCUCCAGAGCCCUGCACCACCCGCCCCCUCCCCCACACCACCACCACCACCACCACCUCCUCCACCAGGCCCCCCCCGUCCCCCCGUCGGUCCAGCCGCUGGACGCCCUGAGCCGGACUGCCAGCUCCACCACCCUGCCUCCGUCCGUGGCCUCCACCUCCUCGUCCUCCGCCUCCUCCUCUUCCUCCUGCACCACCACCGCCACCACCGCCACGAGCGGCGUGCGGCGCGACGUGCCCCCCACCCGGCUGCCGGCGCAGGGCCAGGCCCGCCCGUCCCAGUUGGCGCGCCGCUCGCUGUCGUUCUCCAGCCAGGACCUGGCCCGCUAUCUGUGCGAGAUCAUCCGCGACGCCGACCAGCACCCGGACACGGGGCCCUUCGACUCCCUGCAGGUCUUCUCCACCGAGGGCGGGGGCUCGCCCGCCGGCUCCCUCAGCUCCUUCAGCUCGGCGGGGCUGGAGGGGGCCGGCGGCGGCGACGGGGGCGUGGAGGCGAGGAGGGAGGAGACUCUGGCGGAGUGGGGGCCUCGCUUCGAGAAGCUGCGGGCGCUGUACGAGCGAGCCGAGGCCAGCGACCUCUGAGCCGCUCCCAGCCCGCCAGUGACUCAGGCCCCCGUAAACGGGUCGCCGCCCCCCCCGAAACUAUCAAUUAGCAGACGCUUAGCGG